AUGGCGCCGGGGGUGGUGGUGGUGGAGGAGGGGAACCAGCAGCAGGAGGAUGCGCCGCCGCCGCCGCGGCCGCCGCUCGCCGUGGAGGCGCUUCGCGACAAGAUCGUCGAGAAGGUGAAGGCGAACCGCGUCACGCUGAUCGUGGGGGACACCGGAUGCGGGAAGAGUUCUCUGGUUCCCCAGUUCCUCUUAGAGGAAAAUAUGGAACCUAUCCUGUGCACACAGCCUAGAAGGUUUGCAGUGGUAGCCAUUGCUCGAGUGAUAGCUGAAUCUCGCAAUUGGCAGCUAGGCGAGGAGGUUGGAUAUCAUAUAGGUCACUCAAAUGUGUCGGAUCUCAACUCUAAAAGGUCAAAAAUUGUGUUCAAAACAGCCGGUGUAGUAUUGGAGCAAAUGUGUGAUAGGGGGAUUGCUGCGUUGAGGUAUAAGGUCAUUAUUCUUGAUGAGGUACAUGAAAGAUCCGUGGAAUCUGAUCUUGUCCUUGCUAGUAUCAAGCAGUUUUUGAUGAAAAAGAGUGACUUAAGGUUGGUUUUGAUGUCUGCCACUGCUGACAUUACUAGAUAUAAAGAAUAUUUUAGAGAUCUAGGAAGAGGCGAAAGGAUUGAAGUGAUUGCCAUUCCCUGCAGUCCACGUACAAGCAUUUUUCAGCGCAAAGUCUUAUACCUGGAGCAGAUUGCUGAUAUUCUCAAGAUAAAUUCCCAAUCGCUUUCAACAAAAUAUUGCUCUGGUCUGGAUGCUUCUGCUGAUGCUGAAAUAAACUAUGAUGUUUAUGAAGUUAUCCACAAGUUAUUGUUGCAUAUACACCAAAAUGAACCAGACGUUAGCAAGAGUAUUUUGGUUUUCCUCCCUACAUACUAUGCAUUGGAGCAGCAAUGGAGCCGUCUAUUUCCUUUUAGUUCAACCUUUAAAGUACAUAUUCUUCACCGGAGUAUUGACACUGAUGAAGCACUUCAGACUAUGAAGAUCUCAAAGUCUUGCCGAAAGGUGAUACUGGCUACAAACAUUGCUGAAUCAUCAGUUACUAUACCAGGAGUUGCAUAUGUUAUUGAUUCUUGUAGAUCAUUGCAAGUCUACUGGGACCCAAUUAGGAAAACAGACGCAGCUGGGCUUGUUUGGAUUUCCAAGUCUCAGGCUGAGCAGCGUAAAGGCAGGACAGGUCGAACCUGUGAUGGUCAAAUUUAUCGUUUGGUAACUGGAACAUUUUAUAGCAGUUUAAAUGAUCAUGAAUAUCCUGCCAUUUUGAGAUUAUCCUUAAGGGAGCAGGUGCUCAUGGUUUGUUGUGCAGAGCCCAGAUCGAUAAAUGACCCUAGCGCACUUCUGCAAAGAGUUCUUAAUCCACCAGAUCCAGAUGCUAUUGAAGACGCACUAGAAUCACUUGUUCAAAUUCAUGCGUUGGAGAUUACAAGUUCUGGACGCUAUAAGCCCACUUUUUAUGGCUGUUUACUCAAUAGUUUGCCAUUGUCAUUUGAUUCUUCUGUUCUUGCCCUUAAAUUUUGUGAGCUUGGCUGUGUCCAUGAAGGAAUUCUAAUAAGCAUCAUGUUGGACAUCCAGCCACUUCCUAUUGUGCAACCUUUUGGCUAUCAAGCACUGCGCCAGAAGUACAGAGAUAAUUAUUUCAAGGGAAAUGGCAGUGUACAAAUUGGCAAAAAGGAAGCUACCACCAUGGGAAAUCUUUGUGCAUUUCAAUUUUGGGAGUGUGUUUUUAAGGACAAGCACCGUCUGGAAUAUCUAAAAGAUGUGGCGAAAACUCAAGAACCAGAAGAAUCACAUACCUUCCUUACUAAACCCGAAGAGGAGUGGUGUGCAGUUCACAAUCUCGUCCCUGCAGCGUUUAAGAACAUCUCUGAAAUUUAUGAUGAUGUUAUGAUGCAACUGCACCGUUUUAGGCCAAGUUUUCUUGUCAAAAUCAAUCCUCCAAAGUUUCUUCAGCCUUCUGAAUUCAACCACACGUGUCUCUAUCAUAAAAUACUGGAUCUAGAGGUGGAUAUGGAUUCACUCUCGUUGGAGGCCGAGAAUUCUCACAGCGAUUCGCAGAAGCGAUGUGCUGCAACUCCAUAUGUUUCGCCAACUGAUUUUGGGACCAGUACCAUUGUUGAAUUGCUGAAGACACUUGUCAAGGAGAUGAAAACACAACAUGCUGAGGUGAAGACAAUUUCUUAUAAGGGACAACUUGGUUCUAAUGUGAAGCCAACCUUGGGAACUGAGGCGUGUGUGUUUUUUGCUAAUGGAUUAUGCAAUCUUGGGGCUGCAUGCCGCUUUUCUCAUUCAUCCCUUGCUCCUAAACCAGUAUGCAAGUUCUAUCUCACAUUACAGGGUUGUCGAAGUGGUAACUCUUGUCCAUACUCACAUGAUUUUGGCUCCUUGGUUUCUGCACCUGUCACAUCUGGAGUAUGCUCUCAAGAAGGCAGAGCCACCUCAUUGUGCUGUACAAGGUUGCUUCCUGCUGAUGGAGAUGGGUAUAUUCUUGUCAUGAAUGAUAAAACCCUGGAGCUCUCUAGUAAGCUUAGCCAGUUUUAUGAUGCCUGUAAGAUUGUUGCUGGUACACCUGGUCUUCAGUCUGCUGAGUCUCAUUCGGUUCCAAAGGGCCUCAAGAUACUCGAAAAUUUGGCUGAUCCAUCUAGUCUAAUCACUGGGCUUGAGCAUAAAUUACCAGUUCCUUGGACACAACUUAAGCGAGUUUUUUGGUUCGCUGACUUUGAUAAUGAUGAGUCAGCCACUGAGCAGGCUCUCUUGCAUAAGUUCUUCACGAAUAUUGCCAUCAAGAUUUUGUCAGAAAGGCUGUCUGACCUGCAGGUCAUCCUGAUCAUGAAAAACACAAGAUAUGUUCAGUUACAGGUGGAAAGAUUGGCGAGAGAAUGCUUCUUUUUCCUCAGCGAAUCGUUUAUGUUUGAUGAAGCAACACUAGGAUGGUUCUCAGAUAUCUCCAGGCAACCAAGAGGGAUGCAGGUGGCAGCACCAGUCACCUACGUCUUCAACAUGCAUCCUCCCUCCGCUACUCAGUUUGGGGAUUAUCCAGCGGAACUUCGGGCGGCUUUACGCAGGGAUUAG